AUGAGAUAUACAGAUCCAUACUAUACGGGAGGCGAUUACAGUCGCUACGGACAUGCGACUUCCCAAUUUCCGCAAUUCGAUGAUCCCAGUCGCGCCGCCUAUGCCUACCCGACACAAGCACCGCCCCGCUAUUCCGAAAUCGUAGGACGAGCGCCCACAGUUGAACGACCAUGGUAUGAUGUUCGGGGCUGGUCAUUGCGAAAAAAAUUGAUCGUCGCCGGUUGUGUUGUGGUUAUCAUCGUCGCGGUGAUCGUGGGGGCUGUCGAAGGCACGAAGGCAGCGGCAUAUCCAAAUUAUUCCGCAUUGAACUACACAUUGAAGGAUACUUAUUCCGGGUCCUCCUUCUUCGAUAAUUUCGAAUAUGCUACCAGUGAUCCUACCAAUGGCUUUGUGCAAUAUGUGGAUUCGCAAACAGCGUCGCAGAUGAAUUUGACCUACGCUUCCGAGUCAUCAGCUGUCAUCAAGGUGGACACCGAUACACAGAACCAAACCUCCGGCCGCAAAUCAGUUCGCAUUACAUCCACAAACACAUAUGAAAGUGGACUGUUCAUCUUUGAUGUGGUUCACACUCCGUAUGGGUGUGCGACAUGGCCAGCGCUAUGGUUGACAGACCCCAGCAAUUGGCCGGAGAAUGGAGAAAUCGACGUGAUUGAAUCGAAUAACAACGGCACAAAUGGAAAUUCCAUGACUUUGCACACCUCCAGCGGAUGCAAAAUGAAUGUUCGGCGAAAGGAAACGGGCAGUGCGCAGGUAAAAAAGGCAACUUAUGGCGGGGCUUUCAACGAUAACGGUGGCGGAGUCUAUGCCAUGGAGCUGCGCGAUGCCGGAAUUCGCAUCUGGAUGUUUACGCGCGAUAACGUCCCGUCCGACAUCUCGAAUUCGAGCAGUACACCCGAUCCAUCAACAUGGGGCGAGGCGCUGGCCGACUUCCCAAGCACAAACUGCGAUAUUAGCUCCCACUUCCGAAACCAGAGCAUCGUCGCCAAUAUCGACAUCUGCGGUGAUCUUGCUGGUGCAGACUCAUAUUACAAAGACAUGUACUCUUGUCCCGGGUCAUGUAAACAGUAUGCGGCUGAAAAUGGGGCUGCUUUCGGUGAUGCGUAUUGGGAGUUUAAUAGUUUCAAAGUUUAUUCUGCAUCCUGA